AUGAGCCUAAUGGAUCAACUUUUUCCAGCAAAUCAUAAAACCACAUUCGUGGUGGACCACACUCCAUACUUUGGAUUGGCUAGUAACUCACAUAUCAAAAUGGUCUUUACCAAACGGCCAUCACCCGUAACCAUAUUUAAAUCAAUGUGGACGUGUAGCAUUGAAGCUGUACUCGAAUACUGCCGUAUCGUCUGGGAUCUGUUUCCAGGAGGGAAACUUAUUCGUGUUAUAAGUAGCGACAUAGAAUCUCGUAAUUUGAAUAAUUGGUCAUCUAAUCAACAAAAUGUUAACUUUAUGUUACAACAUUUGUCAUAUUUGGGGCCACCCGAAAAAUUUGUACCAAACCCAAAUCAAGACUACAGUGUAGUAUGCAGAACAGUUAUUAUCACAUCAGCCAGAGACAACCCAUCAAUAGAAAAUCUCAUAUCCAUGUUUCAUAAUGAAAUGAUCAAAAGCAACAAAUCUGUAUCUAAACCCAUUUCAAUGUCUAUUCAUCAUUGUCAUUUAGUAAUAAUUAACACAUAUCCAGAUUCUAUAACAAAUGAAGUCACUGAUUGUCCACUUCGUCCCAUAUCACCAAUACUAGACUCGGAAGUGCAUUCUAUUCCUGCAUCCAAAAUUGGUAUUAAGAUAUCAAAUCUUUUAUUAAAACACUACAAUCUAGCUAGUACAACAGUUAUAAGUAUUCCCAUGAAGGAAGAGCAAAAUGCCAAUUCAUCAGCAAAUUAUGAUGUAGAAAUAUACCAUGCUGCUACUGCACAUACAGCUAUUUUAAAUGCAAAUGUAGCCAAUGCCAAUGCCAAAGCAGUGGUUGCAAAAAAAGAAGGAGCGGACUAUGAGACAAUUAAAUUAAAAUGGUGCACGCCUAGGUCAAAUAACAACUUACCAGAUAUUCACAGUUGUACGACACUACAUAGAGUAACUCCUGUUGAUAUAAACACCAGACCAAGCACAUGUUUGAUAACAUUUUUACUGAAUGGUCGAUCAGUUUUACUCGAGACGUUUAAACAAGGUGGUGGUAAAACCAUAUCACAUGUUUUAAAAUCGUACAAUGGUGAAAUAUACAUACAUACAGUGUCGUCUGGUCGCACAGUAUUUGAAGAUCUACCGUCCAUUAGUGAAGGCCCUGGAGGGAAAGUAAUUCAAUACAGAGUAACCGAUUUUAGUAAUUUUAUGAAGUUAAAUUUACUGCAACCAACAAAGAGAAAACAAACAGAUGAUAAAAACUAUAUUGAAGAUGCAAAAGAAAAAUUGAUGAAACAAACUGCAUAUUGGCCACUAGUAUCAUCGUCAACCAUAAUAUAUAAUUUGAAACAAUACACUGAACCACUGUUGUCAUUAAUGGUUAAAGAUAACAUUAGUGAUCAAGAAGUAAUGAAUUGCAAACAAUGUAUUCGUGUUUUGAUGACUGCUGAAUUAAAUAAUGAUCACCUCAUUUCACCUAGUCCAUCAUUUCCACGAAAAAUGAAAAAAGUUGACCAGUACAAGCUUAUGUGGACAGAGUUGGAAAAAUUCUUAAGAUCAAACUUACACACUGUUAAUCACUGUAAAGUGUUACAAUUUUUAUUUGAAAGCUGUUGUAAACUUGAUGAAGAAAAAAUUAUUGAGAAAACUUUAAUGCGUUUAAAUAAAUCUUUAGCAGACAGGCCAAAUGUAAUACGAGCCACAACAGAUUCGCCUAUGUCUCCGCCAUUAACUCAGCAAACAGGAUUAAAUCAUAAUAAACCACAUAAAACCGUUGAUGUGGGUCCAAACAGUAUUAUGUAUUUGCAAAUAAUUCAGGAUCAAGGCAAUAGUACAACAGUUAACCCUUCUUCAAGACCUCAGUUUGCUGGUAGAUUAAAAUCUAUUCAAAAUAGUAAUGGAAAUUUGUUUGCCAAACUUUAUGAGCAUAUAGACGAUGACACAGAUACCAAAAAUGUAAAAUAG